AUGUCAACGUUAUCGAACUCAGAGCUAUUAAGCGAGUCAGACUCAGAAUUUUGGCUUGACCUUGAUACACUUCCUAAACUUAAACUUCCUCAAUUUCUGACUGACCAAGAAAUAACUCCAAUGAUUUCAUCACUUGGCCUUGAUGAAGAAGAGAAGAAAAUGAUUGAUGAUACGCCGUCAGCGUAUUAUAAAGAGAGGUUCCAGAUCUUAAUAGACCGAGUCCGAGCUGCUGCCAAAGUGUCAUAUCAAAAUCUGCUUGACCAAGUUUUAAAAAAGCUUCACAGAGAAUAUCAAAUAAAAAUUGAAGAAAUCAAUCGAAAACAAUUGAAUGAUAUCAUGGAACUUAAGAAAGAGUUUGAUAGGCUUAACCUUGCCCUUAUAGGCAAAGACUUAGAAUUAGCAAAACUUAGAGAAAUGGUUUCAGAGCAGGAGGUUAUCAUAUCUUCACAACGGAUACUCAGGAUUCCAGCAACUCCUAAGUAUGCCCCACAAGAUGCACGAGUUCUAUCAUUAGAAAAAGAUUUAAAAGCUGCAAGAGUAAGACACACAGCCCUAAAAGAUCUCUCAAAAAUGAGCCACCAGCAGACUGACGAAGCCAAAGAGAAGCUGAAAAUUGCUCAAGAUCUGCUAAAAGCAGAAGAGAUCCGUCACAAAGAAGAGGUAGAAGACUUGAACAAAGAAUUUGCUGAAAAAGAAAAAGAACUCAACGGCAAGAUUAAAGAAAUAAAAGAAAAAUACUCAGAGUUCAAGAGAGAUGUGAACAAAGAACUAGAGAUUAGGAUGGUGAUCAACCGCAAACAAAAUGAUGUAAUUAGCUCUCUGCAAAAAGAAUUGAAGUCAGUUAAAACUGUAAUGACGUCUCCAAGGCUGCAUUAUAAGUUUCUCAAUAAAUCGAUGAAUGAGGAGAACCUAGCAAAAUCAAAGAAAGGAGAAGACGAGCCAAGAUUUCUAAAGCAGAUACCGAAAAAGCCUAAAAGGCUGUUCAGAAAUAGUGAGCUAUCAAUGGCUGACUAUGGAGAUAGCACUCAAGCUUCCCCAUCUUUUUCGAAAUCAUCUGACCUGGACUUCAAUUUACCUAUAGUUAGUCUACUGCCUGAAUCCCCGAGGAAGAACUAUUAA